CGCGCAGCUGCCCGUGAAAAAUUUAUCAUAUUUUUGUUGAGAAUCGCAUUUCUGAUUCAUUUCAGUUGGAAUAUUAGCAUGGUGUGAAAGUAUCGUCUCGUAACUCGCACUGUCUCGAACAAAAUUAAAAUUUAAGAAUUUAUUCAUUUAAUCGAGCAACUAAAUCAAAGUUAUACACGACACAAAGUCACCGAAUAAAUAAUAUCGAUUCCGUGAUAGAAAAAUAAACGUCAAUCAUUGUUUCUCUAUCCAUUGAUAUAUUUGUCUAUUUUUGUUAUUAAUCAGUGAAUUUUAAUAAUACAUUUUUUUUUCGGUUGAAAGAUGUUUUAAAAAGUGUGCAAAAUAAAUUCAUGAAACCAGAUGACCAUCGUUAACAAGUGGAAGACAAAAACUGUCAACAAUGUAUUUUAAAGUGGUCCGUCAUGUUUGGUUCCGAUUAGUUGCAAAAAAAUGAAAGACAAGUUCACAAGUGAUCGAAAUAAAACUUAUCUAAAUUUAGAAGUUAUAAAUGAUUUGGACGAAAAGAACUAAAUCAACAAACAGAACAUCUAGUGGGUCAUAAAAGUGAAUCAAUCAUUUAAAUAACAUAGAUUUUAAAAUAAAAGAAAAAAGAACACUGACAUAACAUUGACAUUUCAAAAUUCGAUCACAUUUAGAGAAAAAAAAAAUCGAUAUAAAAAAUACGAAAUACAUUAAAAACGAAAAAAUGCCUAUCGUGCUGUUAGAUCGACUUCGGUUGCCGAAUCUACGACUGUAUACGUCAAUUAGUGUGGUUGUAGUCAGUUGCUCUUUAUAUUAUGCAAUAAGUUCGACAAGUGAUCCCUUUUGGCGAUUGGACAACAAUACAACGGCAUCCGAUUCAUUUUUCUCAUUGAAUACGGAGAGCAAUCAAGUUGUUGAUCAUGUUGUUAAUGGUUUGGACUUGGGCAGCGUUUUAAGUGACAAAAAAGAAGCAGACGGAAGCAUUUUAACCGGUUGGAAUGGAAAUGUUGAACAUCAUACGCAACAACAACCACAUCAACAACAACAUGUGGUCAACCAAAUUUUUUCCCAAUUCACUGCUGAUCAACGAAAACUAUUCAAUGACACAAGAACCAUUGGCAAUAAAUUCAAAGAUGUUGUAUCUUUCAUGGUACAAGAACCAAUAUGCGUGUGGACCGUGAUAAAUAUGGCAUAUUGCUGUCUGAUUUUAUUGGGCAAGUCAAUUCAAAAAUUAGUUUUUGGCGAACUGCGUAUCUCUGAGCAACAACAUUUGAAAGAUAAAUUCUGGAAUUUUGUCUUCUACAAAUUUAUAUUCGUUUUCGGCGUGGUCAACGUACAGUUUCUUCAUGAGGUUGUACUGUGGGUGUCAUGGUUUUCGAUACUCGGUUUUUUGCAUUUAAUUUCGCAACUGUGUAAAGAACGCUUCGAAUAUCUGUCGUUCUCACCAACAACGCCGGGAUGGUCUCAUUUGCGACUCGUUGCAUUGCUGUCAACAAUCCUUGUUUUGUCCGGUUUUAUGUUCAUCGUAUGUGUUGGCGUUGGUUUUUUCGGCGGACUGAAUACAUUCGCUUUCAUGGCCGCAGAGUGUGUUAUGCUGAUAAUAAGAACACUGCACGUUCUCAUACGCUAUGGAAUCUUUUUGUAUGACAUGCGUCAAAGCACCGUUUCAUCUGAAGGUGUUUCAUGGGAUAAACGUGGCCCAGUCGCUUAUUAUGUUGAACUAGGAUUUGAAGUCAGCACUCUAGUUAUUGAUCUUCUGCAUCAUAUUCAUAUGUUAAUUUGGAGUAAUAUCUUUCUGUCAAUGGCUAGCUUAGUAAUUGUUAUGCAAUUACGUUAUUUAAUCCAUGAAAUUCAACGUAAAGUGAAAAAGCAUCGUAAUUACUUAUGGGUUUUGAACCACAUGGAAAAGACCUAUCCGCUCGCAACCGCCGAAGAUUUAUCGAAUAACUCAGAUAAUUGUGCCAUCUGCUGGGAGAAAAUGGACACAGCUCGGAAGCUUCCUUGUUCACAUCUAUUUCAUAAUUCAUGCUUGCAAUCUUGGCUGGAACAAGACACCAGUUGUCCAACGUGUCGAUUGGGUUUGAGUGUGCAAAAUUUUGCCAAUAUUCCGGAUAUUGAACGGAUUAUCGAUGAACAAGAGAACACCACCAGAGCCAAUAAUCAUUUCUUUCAUUUCAAUGGUUCACGUUAUGUUUCUUGGCUGCCAAAUUUUUCGGUCGAAGUCACACCAAUAAAUAAUGUGUUGAGAACAAAUCCAGUAGUUCCAUCAAAUGGUAUGACAUCACAAUUGCAUAAUAUGGCUCGUCAAGUGCAACAAAUGUUUCCACGAUAUCCAUUGUCAACGAUAAUAUCGGACUUGGGAUUGUCUCGAUCGAUGGAAGUAACAAUUGACAAUAUCCUUGAGGGACGACUUCUCGUUCCGGGCGGUCGAUUCGAUUUCGAUGAUGACAAUCCAUUUAAUGAAUUUACAACCACAUCCAAUGAACAACACACAGACGAAUUGUCACGGCAUUCAUCUGAAAAUGAUUCAAAUAGCAGUAAUAGUAAUAAUAAUAGCACAACAAAUUCAAUAUCUAGUACGAAUAGUUCCUUGAAUAUGGCCGAUAUUGGCUAUGAAAUAGAACAAAGUACAAAUAUAUUUGGUAAUCAUAAUGAUCUUUUACGCGACGAAAGUGCCAAUGAAGAGUUGUCGUUGGGCGAUCGAUUUUCAAAAAGUCACUCAGAACGUGAGAAGAUUCUUCAGCAGCGCAAGGAAUCAAUGUUAGCUUUAGCACGAAAAAGAUAUUUCGAAAAAAACAAAACCGAACUGAGCGCUGAACAAAGCAGUCGAAACGAAAGUAUGAUUGUCUAAUUGCACUAUGACCAAAACGUAUGGAUUAUCAUUGGUUAAUUUCUUGUAAAGUUCACGAUUACGGCUGUAUUUUAUGUUUGAUUCAACUGAAAUUUGAGCCAAAAAUGCCAUUUGCUUUCAAAUGAGACACGAUUGCUUUCGAUGUAAACAUUUUCUAUUAGAGACUUUAACGAAACAUAAUUGAAAUGAUUCGAAGAUAUUGCACUGAUUAUAUGAACUAACUCUAAGGUUAGCUAAGAUAACAAUAUGAAAAACUGAGUUAGACCAUUAAAUUUAGAAACAAUUUAUAUGAGACGUUAAAUUGUUAAAUGCAGAAUCAACAAAAUAAAAAAAACACAAAAUAAUGUUGAUGUUUUUGGAAUAAAAACAAAAAAAAAAUUAAGUAAAUCGUGAUAUUGAAAGAAGAAACACACAAAAUGAAUUACAGAUGCAUGACAUCUGUUUCACAUUUAUCCCUUUAAAUUUAUUAUUUUUUUAUUAAACCGCGUCUUUCUCCGCACUCAUAACGGAACGUGAUUUAAAAAUCGAACUCAUCAAAAUCAUCAAUGACUGUCACGAACAGGGAUUUGACAUACAAAUCAAAUAUUAUUGUACUUAAAUAAAGCAAAACGAAAAAAUUGUAAAGAAAUCAACUGAUGAGAAUUUAAA